AUGACAUGGAUAUCCACACUUUCAAGUAUUGGUAUGGCUGUGGGGCCUCCACUCGUCUAUGCCGACCAGGCUGUUUCAAUCGUUAGAAACAAAGACUCUUCAGGCUUUUCCCGAGACGUAUGCGCAAUUCUGUUAAUAGCCAAUAUAGCAAGGUGUUUCUUUUGGCUUGGGAAUCGAUUUGAAUUCCCGUUGCUCAUUCAAUCAAUCUUAAUGAUACUCGCGCAGCUCGCCCUCCUGUAUAUCUGCAUUCGCUAUCGCCCGGAUAUCUCUCCCGAGUCAGUGGGUGUUAGUACGCGCCCGUAUGGGUUCUGGCAGUGGCCCAGCUAUGGAACCUACAUUGAAUUUUUGGCUGGAUUGAUCGUGGUUUUAACGAUCGUAGAGCUAAUUUUUGGGCGCAUGUCUUGGUUCGUUGACGCUCUUGGAUUCUUCGCUCUCGGACUCGAGAGUACACUCCCUCUUCCGCAGUUAUACAGCAAUUAUCGACAAAAAUCACUAUACGGCUUCCGCAUGUCGACAUUGCUAGGAUGGGUGGGAGGAGAUGCCUACAAAACAGUAUACUUCUUCCUUCAAUCAUCUCCUAUGCAAUUCAAGGUUUGCGCUAUUUUUCAGUUGUCUGUCGAUUUUGCUAUCGUUGCGCAGCGGUUCUACUAUGGGAAUAAACCCCCGGCUAUUCUUCCCGAUAUAGACGAUAUUGAGCAGGCCCUAAGGCUCGCUGAGGAUUAG